AAAGAAAGUACCCACCAUGUUCACUCACUCAUUGACAUGAUUCACUACUCACAAAAUCAUUGAGUUGAGUUGGUUUGUGAUUCCUUGGAAUAUGAGCUUUACACACUCAAACACACAAAACAAAAGCCAAGCAUGCACUGCACUGCACUGCACUCAUAGUAUAGAAUCUCAAAAAUGAUGUAUACCUGUGACUGUGUCUGUCUUUGUGUGUCACUGUCAUUCUCUUUGGGUCUCUGAAUUUCUCUCUUGGACUCUUCCUUCUUACCACAUCUUUCCUUCGAUUCUUUCUCUCUCUGAUCUCUAACGUACAAUUCUUCCUUUCCUUUUCCCAAAACCCCACUUCACACGUUCUCAUUUGCAAACAAAAUGUCUCUACUUUUUUCUUCUUUCUGCAUUUCCUCUGUUUUCUAGGGUUCUGCUUUUUUUCACCCCUUUUUAAUUUUUGUGGCUGUUUCAAUUCAUUCUCUUUUUUUGUUCACUACCCUUUUGUUUUUAUCAAUCUAUUAUCACAAUUUCAACCUCAAAAUCUUAUCUUUCAUUCUCUUGUUCCAUUUUCCUAAUUUUGUCUCUAGGGUUUGUUCAUGUUUUCAAAAUCUGUUUUUUGAAGUACAAUGCUGAGUUUCAGAAGCUCUUAAGCUUAUGAUUUACACCCAGAAUUGUGUUUUUUGAGAUUCAGUUGUUUGUUCUAGCUUUGAGUGUGAUAUAGCUUUAUUUUCAAAGAUGGGUUGUGUUCAUGGAAAGUGUUGUAGUCGUUAUCCUGCACCAUCAAUUGGUGGUUCUAGGGACUAUAGAGAACUUGGUCCUUAUAGUGCACAGAGGAAGCACAUACUCACACAAAGGUCACUGCAUUUUGUUGAUGUUCCUUCUCACAAUUUCACUUUGGAAUACUCUGUUCUUACUCAGAGAGGUUACUACCCUGACUCACCUGAUAAAGAAAACCAAGAUUGUUACUGUGUUAGGACAAUAUUGCAAGGUAAUCCAAGUGUUCAUUUCUUUGGUGUUUAUGAUGGACAUGGUGAAUUUGGUGGAAGGUGUUCUAAUUUUGUUAAGGAUAAGUUGGUUGAAAAAUUGUCAAAUGAUUCUGCAUUGUUAGAGGAUCCUGUUAAGGCUUAUAAUUCGGCAUUUUUAGCUACAAAUGAUGAAUUGCAUAAGAAUGAGAUUGAUGAUUGUAUGAGUGGUACUACUGCGAUUACGGUGUUGGUGAUAGGGGACACACUUUAUGUUGCUAAUGUUGGUGAUUCGAGGGCGGUGUUGGCUGUUAAGGAUGGGAAUAGAAUUGUUGCUGAGGAUUUGUCUUCUGAUCAGACACCUUUUAGGAGAGAUGAAUAUGAGAGAGUGAAGCUUUGUGGUGCUAGGGUGUUGAGUGUUGAUCAGGUUGAAGGGCAUAAGGAUCCGGAUAUUCAAACUUGGGGUGAUGAAGAGAGUCAGGGUGAUGAUCCUCCGCGAUUGUGGGUUCAGAAUGGGAUGAUUCCUGGAGCUGCUUUUACAAGGAGUGUAGGGGAUAGUUUGGGUGAGACUAUUGGUGUUAUUGCAGUUCCGGAGGUGUUAACGGUUAAGCUUACACCGAAUCAUCUUUUCUUUGUUGUUGCAAGUGAUGGUGUAUUUGAGUUCCUAUCAAGCCAAACUGUUGUUGAUAUGGCUUCAAGUUAUGCAGAUCCCCGUGAUGCAUGUGCUGCCAUUGCUGGAGAGUCUUACAAAUUAUGGUUGGAACACGAGGGUCGAACAGAUGAUAUAACAAUUAUCAUUGUUCAGAUCAAAGGCCUGUCUAAUUCAGGUACAUCUGAAUAUGGAUCAGGAGAGAUCAACGUCAGUACUGUAACAAGAGCCAAAAAGGGGAAGGGAACUUCUGCUGUAUCUGCCCCUACCGGUGGAGAUGUUCAUCGUGCCGUGAGGAGUAGUUUAUCCGAUUCUAUGUCCUGUCAGCAUGUGGUUUCAUCGAGAAGCCAAGCCAUAGUGGUUCCCUCUCCCACAUGUCCAAGUCCAAUUGAAUUGUGAUUGGAAAGAGGCUUCAUGGAAGCUUUUAGGUGGUACAUAUCUAAGUUCUAUCUUUUUGAGCCUUCUGCAUUACCAAUAUAACAUUCAUCGAGUCAAAAUGCUGAAGGUAGCAGGUUUAAGGUGCAUUCUAUUAGCAGCUGAAGGACUUCUCUUGGAUUUGUAGAAAGCAUACUUUCUGUUUUCAAUCUUUUGCUAAUUAAAGUUGACAUGUCAUUUAACUACACAGCCAGUAGCACUUCAGGAGUACAUUUAAACUUAACUGCAAUUCCUCUCUCCGAAUUUAAACAUUAGAAGAGGGAUGUAAAAAGAACUUGAAAUAAAAGGAGAGUCUAAAUUUUACUACUUGCAUGGAAUUAUGGUCAAUGGCCAACUUGGAAGGCUUAUGUUAUGUUAGUUAAUUAGAAUGUAAAUCCAUUAUCCUUAUUCUCAUGCUGAUACUGGAUUCAGUUUAUCUUUUAGGAACGUAUCUGGAUUUACUUUUUUAUUGCA